AUCUGCUGGAGGGGUUCCAUGUUCCUGAGUCGAAAGGAGUGAAGAGAGUGGAUGGGUCUGAAGCUGAGGCAGUGGCCUACCGCAUCAACCCCUCCAUUCAUUUACAGAAGACAUUGAGUGAUGUGUAUCCAGAUGGACUUCCCACUGAAUACUCCAUUAUCACAACAUUUAAAGUGAACAAUGACACUGCUCAGAUGUCCUGGAACCUUUGGCAAGUCAGUGACCCAAAAGGACAAGAACAAGUCGGCCUGCGUUUCCAGCCUGAUGGGCAGUCGUUGGACUUUUUUUACACUGGUCCACAAGGGACACAGAUGGUGAGGACUUUCCAAGGGUUGCAAAAAUUGUUUAACAGAGAGUGGCACAAGUUGGCUCUGAGCGUAAAGGGCAGCCAAGUAAGGUUGCUGAUUGACUGCAAGGAGAUCAGAGUGGAGAGCAUCGAUGAGCCGAGGCCAGUCAUCCGACAAGGCUACACAUCCAUCGUGAAACGAGCUGCAAGAGACCGCUCCGCUUCUGUGGAUCUCCAGCAGAUGGAAGUGUCAUGUGACCCAGAGCAGGCUUAUUCAGAGAGCUGCUGUGAGCUCUCCGGUGUGUGCGGGGGAUAUGCAGAGAUCGGCCUCACAGCUGGAAGAGCAACUUGUAAAUGCAUGCAUGGACAACCAGGACUUCAGGGCUCUCCAGGGCCAAAGGGUCACAGAGGGCUUCCAGGAAAACCCGGAGACCAAGGAAGACUGGGCAACUGGGGAAUCCGUGGAAACACAGGGGACUACGGAAACAUUGGUGAAACGGGAGCAAAGGGCCAGCAAGGAAUCAAAGGAGAAAAAGGAAUGAGAGGACCCUGGGGACAAAGGGGAGAGAGAGGUCCGCAAGGGCUGAAAGGACUAAAAGGAGCUGCGGGCUUUAAGGGAAUUCGUGGGCUUCCUGGAGACAUUGGAGAGACUGGGAAACCAGGAGAAGUGGGUACUAAAGGGCUUCAAGGAUAUCCAGGGAUUCCAGGGUUUGAAGGAGUGAAGGGCCAAAUAGGGAAUUCUGGGGCUACGGGGCGGCCCGGACCCAGAGGAAAGCAGGGUAUUGUAGGGGAUCCUGGAGAAAGAGGAGCUCCUGGAGAGAAAGGAGGGCCCGGUAUCCAAGGACCUGUAGGCAGAACUGGGACUGUUGGAUCAAAAGGUAUUAUUGGGGAUCCGGGUUUACCUGGCAGAGAUGGUGAUCCAGGAAUAGAGGCGUAUCAAGGACCCCAGGGUCUCAGUGGGAAACCUGGGCAUAGCGGUGGAAAGGGAGAAAAGGGCACCCUGGGGCCAGCAGGAGAAAUGGGUCCCCAAGGCCAAACUGGGCUGAGAGGUUACAAAGGUUCUGCAGGAAAGCCAGGAAGACCUGGAUUUAUUGGUCCGCCUGGACCUACUGGUCACGUUGGUGUACCUGGAAAACCAGGAAUCAAGGGUGACACAGGUUUCCAAGGAAUUAAAGGAGUUAAAGGUGCAGAGGGAGAAAAAGGAGUGAAAGGUCUAAAUGGAAGGGUUGGAGACAGAGGUGAGCCAGGUGCUCAGGGAGGCAGGGGGAAGCGUGGUCCUGUAGGCCUUCCCGGUCGUAUAGGUCCUGUUGGAGAAAAAGGGAUUCGAGGUGAAGAAGGACCUGAUGGCUUUCAGGGACUCCCAGGACCUACGGGUCCAACGCUUCCAGCUGAACAUGUGAUUGAGGUCUGUAAGAAAGUGGUCCUGGAGCAGAUGUCCACCUUUGCCAACUCAGUAAAGAGGACGUGUGCUGCAGUUUGUCCUCUCUAUGGGGACGUUCCCAUGGGCGCCCCUGGUCCCCCCGGACAGAAAGGACCCCCAGGGCCUCCUGGUGACCCUGGUACUGAUGGUGUUGCUGGGGAACUGGGCCUACCAGGAUUCUAUGGAGAAGGUGGUGAGCCAGGUCGACAAGGAGAAUCAGGUGACAGAGGAGAGCAUGGUGAUAAAGGAGUCAAAGGUUAUGGCAUUCCUGGCUUCACCGGUGAUCAGGGGCUAAAGGGUCAGCGUGGACGUCCCGGCAGAGCCUUUAAUGGUCAGCCUGGAAAACCAGGUGAAAGGGGACAUGCAGGCCGGCCGGGGCACAGGGGCCACCCAGGUCUCAGGGGCCCCCCAGGCAUCUGUGUGACCUCUGGAUGUGCUGAGCAGAACCCACUCAGUGGGACAUCCCAACCAGCACCACAGAGGCUGAGAAAUCGCUCCUAAAAGGACCAGAGGCUAAUUAGGAGGAUAAACUUUUAUCAAAGGCUUCAGAACAAAGUGGUUAUUUUUUGUCUCUUGUCGGGUUGUUUAAUACAUUUUAAUGUAAAUAUUCUAAAUAAACCUUUGCUGUAGUCUUGAAACAAAUGUCUUCAGAGGAAACAUUCAGAGGAACAAAAUAUGGUUGGUUGGAAAAAAACAACUUUAUUUGACUUAUUUUGGAGUUUUAUAUAAAAUGAUUUACUCACCUCUUACUAAUCUAUAAUCAUCUAGAUUUUUUUAUUUAAAAAUGAUGAUAGUUGAAUCAAUGCCAUGGUGUGUCACAAAAGGGGAAACACUAAAUCCUGUUGGGAGAUGUGAAAAAUGUAUACAAAUAUUACGCCAUGAUGUUUGACUCUCAAGUGAAUAAAUAAUUAUAAGUAGUUAAACAUCUUAUAGUGUUGUUUGACAUAUUUUCCACACAUAUUUGACAGACCUUUGACAGUUUAUUAAACAAAAAGGCCAUUUUGUUGGAAGGUUAGGCUUUGCAGUAGCACUUUGGAGAAAGUGAUAAAACGAAUGAAUGAAAUCAUCAUCCUUCUUCCAGUUUAAUUCAAUUAAGUUAAACUCUGUUAAUUUUUUUUUUCAAUUUACAUCAUUUCACUCUUAAAUCAACUUCUUCAAGAUCUCACUCAGCAGUAAACAGGCUCACUUUGAGCUAAAACAUUGUGUCUCUUUUCUUUAUAAAAUAUCUAAAACAUUUACCUCCUUAUAGAGACAUCAGGAUGAGCUGCACUCUGGUUCGUCAUGUAAAAAACAACAUUGUUAAGCUCAGGGUUUAUUACUGUCUAAUUAAGACUUGCCUUAACUUUUACAGAAUGAGGAAGACAAUAAAAUGCAAAUGUAUGCAAAUGCAAAUAAAAUGUAAUAUUUUUGUACCAUGA